CGCUCACCUCCCAACCUUUAGUUUCCCACUCUGCUGCCCGGGGAACGACCCUCGACCCUUCUUCCUUAGACUAAAAUUACCCGAUGGCCUCGCCAACACUCACUGUGGCCCGGUAUACGGCCCUAAUUGGCGGUAUCUUCUACGGCAUAGCCCACCGCCGAACUCUCCAAGCCAAAGCUAAUGAAAAGGCCAUAGAACACGAGCUACACAGACGCGAAACCCUUUUGGAACAGGCACGAAAAGCAUGGGCAGAGAAGAGCACAUCGAAGAAUUCUGAUCUUAUCACCAAUCCGGAGGACCCAAAAUUCGACUUAGAAGCCUUUGUGGCAGCAUACGAAAAUGCUUAAUCAUUAUUCAUCACCUUUCUUUCUGCACAACUACACCCUUACUCCGUCAACAUAGCCGAGGCGAAGCCUUUCACGCGUCCUGCUGGCCAAUCCACGGCUUGAACUAUAAGAUUUAUAUUAAAGUACAUCCGAGCCAGUGGCCUAUCAUACAUUAUGGCAUGAGAUAAUGGAGUCCUUGAAUUCCUAAUUAUUCUUUCCUGGCGAAUAUGGUAUAUGCUUUCAGUGCCAUCUCGACGCUCUUUUCCUUCCAUCUUCAGGGGAUUGAUAUUGCUCCAAUGCCUCCACCACCUUUGGGAUAACAUCCACGUCUAC